CGGGCGAGGGCGGCGGGUAGAAAGCGCGCGGCCGGGCAGGGGCGCGCCCAGCCCAGCCUAGCCCAGCCACGCCGUGCGGCGCCAGCGAGGCGGCCGGACCCGCAGCCCUCAUGCUGCCGACGCUGGCCGGAGGCACGCUCUUCUUCCCGGGCCUCUUCGCGCUCUGUUCCUGGGCGCUGCGCCGCUGGCGGCCCGAAUGGACCCGCACGGACCGCGUGAUGAUCAGCACCAGGCUGGUGUCCUCGGUGCAGGCGGUGCUGGCCACCGGCUCGGGGAUCGUCAUCAUUCGCUCCUGCAACGACGUGGUCACCGGCAGGCACUGGCUUGCCCGGGAAUAUGUGUGGUUUCUGAUUCCAUACAUGAUCUAUGACUGUUACGCCAUGUACCUCUGUGACUGGUACCGAGCCAGAGACCAGGAUCGUGCACACUCCCUCACGCUUCGAAGCUUCCUCAGUCGAAACCGCCUCAUGAUCACACAUCAUGUAGUCAUCCUCUUUGUCCUUGUACCGGUGGCGCAGAGGCUCCGGGGGAACCUUGGGGACUUCUUUGUGGGCUGCAUCUUCACGGCAGAACUGAGCACGCCAUUCGUGUCGCUGGGCAGAGUUCUGAUUCAGCUAAAGCAGCAGCACACCCUUCUGUACAAGGUGAACGGAGUCCUCACACUGGCCACCUUCCUUUGCUGCCGGAUCCUUCUCUUCCCCUUCAUGUACUGGUCCUACGGCCACCAGCAGGGACUAAGCCUGCUGCAAGUGCCCUUCCACAUUCCCUUCUUCUGCAAUGUGGCCAAUGCCUUCCUCAUCGCCCCUCAGAUCUACUGGUUCUCUCUGCUGUGCAGGAAGGCACUCCGGCUCUUUGACACUCCCCAAGCCAAAAAGGAUGGUUAAGUGCUCCCAGGAGUAGGGCAGUAAGGGUGCAGCCUCACACCAGCUGCCUCCUCUGCUCAGUAUUCCGUGGACCAAACUGUGCCCUGGAUGGUCUCAGACUUUUGGGUAUUGAUAAGCAGAUGGAUUGUAGUUUUUCUAAAGAAUAUUCAUAUUACCUCCUUCUUCUAACCUGCCCCAUUUGCAAAAGCACUUUUGUAGUAACACCUAUUGGGUCCUGCCAGGCUUCCAUGGGCAGCAAGGUGGCUUUCAUGCAAGCCAAAGGAUCCUUCUUUGGGUCUUAUCUCUAGAGCUCUGGGAGGUAGAAGCAUGGGGUGUGCUCAGCGGACCAGGGUGAUAAGUGUCUGGGCAUGGGCCUGUCCCUGUAUCGGCGGCUACCCACCUUUCCAACCACUCAGGUCAGUACCCAUGGUUCUGGGCCAGCAGAAGCAAGUGGUGACUGCUUGUGACACUGGCCUGGGAAAAUCAUUAUGGGUAGGUAGUUUUUGUUUACUAGAUAACCCACUGGUUCUUUGCCUCAUCCUCUCAUCCAUGGGUCAACGUUGAAUUCUCACAUCUACUGACUUCCAGUCAGAAUUCUCACUGGUGGAGCUGGGGUUGGGCAGGCCAGAGGCAGGGAUGGGAACCUGAGUGGGUACUGUAGCCAAGUCAGCACAACCUUUGCAGGCUGACUUGGUAAGACCAGUGUCAACCUUGUGAGCUUACUGCGGGCAGUCACAAACACCAUUCUUAUUAACAUGUCCCUUCGUGCCCAGCUUUCCCCAUAUCCACAUGCAGAGGACACGCUUGUAAAAACUACAGGGGCAAUGUGAAAUGAUGGCUUUGGUAGCCAUUUAAUGGGUAACCCCACUCCAUGACACUGUCCUUUUCAUGUGAUGUGGAAACCAACUUCUAUACUCCAAACCACAAAAUGUCUCGUCUAGACUGCAAAGUACUUAGCCUCCUGAUGAGCCAGAGCUUGGGGUGCAGAGCCCGUUCCUGUGUGAGUGUCCUGCCAUUUAGCCACAGAAGGCUGCAGAGCAAGGGGGCAGCCAGCCUGGCCAGAGGCCGUCCUGUGGACCGACACCUGCACCUCCUUCUGCAAACGGGAUUUUCUGGUGCCAACACUAAUCAUUCCCUGUCGACUAGGAUGAGUUUGAGACUGUGCUCAAGUGUAGUUUAAAACGUGGUUUUUUAAAGUGCCUUUUAAUUCAUUGUCUGUGAACUUGUAAAGGACUGAAUGAUCUGUCUCAUUUUGACUAUUUAGUCUUUAAUGGGUGCCAUUUAAAAAACAAAGUGCUAUUAAUUUU